UAUAAAACUGGAAGCCUCUUUGAUGGAUUUUAAAAGUAACUCGCUGUUGCUCACCAAAAAAAGUGCCAACCACAUCAAAAUGAAGCAAGUACCCGAGAUCUUGGGAAAUCCCACAGGAAAAUCACAAAACUGUGAAGUGAACCGGGAGUGUUCUGUUUACCUGGGCAAAACUCACCUUUCUGCCACACUACAGGAGGAUGUCAUGCCAAAAUAUAAUGGCCAUGAUGCUCUCCCAUUUAUCCCCGUAGAUAAGCUCCAGGAUCUCACAUCUCGUGUGUUUAAUGGGGAAUCAGGAGCACAAGAUACCAAACUGCGUUUUGAGUCUCAGGAUAUCAAAGAAGCUGGAACUCCACCCAACACUACUCCUGCCAAGAAUGGCUCUCCAGAAAUUAAACUGAAAAUCACUAAAACUUACAUGAAUGGAAAGCCUCUGUUUGAAUCUUCAAUUUGUGGUGACAGUGUGCUGGAUGUAACUCAGACAGAGCAAACUGAGCCAAAUCCAGUAAACAAAGAGAAGAGAAAUAGAAAAAGAAGCAUCAAAUAUGACUCCCUACUCGAACGAGGUUUUGUUGAAGCAGCAUUAGUAUCCAAUUCGUCCAGUUCCUCUUAUGAAAAGAUUCCUGCUAAAGAAGAUUCUUCUUUGCUUACUGGAAAAGAUGACAAAAUUCAUAUAUUGAAGUACAAUGUGGGAGACGUGGUCUGGUCCAAAGUAUCUGGCUAUCCAUGGUGGCCCUGUAUGAUCUCAACUGACCCUCUUCUUCAUAACUUCACAAAACUAAAUGGACAGAAGAAGAGUUUUCGCCAGUAUCAUGUACAAUUCUUUGGGGAUGCCCCAGAACGAGCUUGGGUGUUUGAAAAGAGUCUUGUACCGUUCAAAGGAGAAGAACAGUUUGAGCAAUUAUGCCAAGAAAGUGCAAAGCAUUCCAUUACCAAAGCAGAGAAAAUAAAGAUGUUAAAACCUGUUUCAGGCAAACUACGUCCCCAGUGGGAAAUGGGUGUCAAGCAGUCAAAAGAUGCCUUGUCCUUGACAGUGGAAGAAAGGAAAGCUAAGUAUAACUUCAUUUAUGUUAGGGGCAGACCACUUCUCAAUCCGCAAGUGGCAAAAGAAGCAGGACUCGUUGUUAAGUCUUUGGAAGAGAUGGAUAAAAUUUAUUCCGAUGAAGACCUUUCUCAGACUUUGAAAUCAAGCAAAGAAUAUGAUGUUCCAGCCAAAAGGGGGAGAAGAAUAAAGUUGCUUUCCACAAAUGAAUCAGAAGAAUUCAUCAAACCUGUUCAGAGUAUCACUUCUGAAAAAAACCUUGAAGAGAGAGAAAUCAAAGGAGGCACAGGGUCCCCUUUCAGUAGGAAGAAAGCAGUCCCAUAUGCUGCAAGAAACCGAAAGGGAGAUGGAGUUUCUCAGUUCUUGGUUUUUUGUCAGAAGCACAGAGAUGAGGUGAUUGCUGAACAUCCAGAUGCCUCAAGUGAUGAAAUUGAAGAACUGCUGGAGUCACAGUGGAACAUGCUUAGUGAAAAACAGAAAGCACGCUAUAACACAAAAUUUGCCAUAGUGACCUCUCCCAAAUGUGAAGAAGACACUGGUUCAUCACAGAAGAGUAUGAGCAAGGCCAAACGUAAAGUGUAUCAAGGAUCACGUAAAAGAAGAUCAAGAUCCAGAAGUAACUUACAUGGAAAUAAAAGGAAACCUGUAAAGAGGACAAAGAAACCCACAGAAGAUUUUGAAGUUCAGGAAGCAUCUAGAAAAAGGCUCAGAAUGGAUAAAAAGAAUUAUCAGAAGAGGGAGAGGAGCAAUGACAAAACAGCAAAAACAAACUCUGCUAAAGUCACAGAAACCUCUUCACAAAAGAACCAGUCAGGUCUGUCAGAUGCAUGUAAGCCACUGAAGAAGCGAAAUCGGGCUUCAGGAGCAGAAUCUUCCCAUCUUCCUUAUAGCAAAAGUUCAUCUCCUUCAGCUUCCUUAACUGAGAAUGAGAUUUCAGAUGGUCAAGGAGAUGAAAGAUCAGAGUCUCCCUAUGAAAGUGCAGAUGAGGCUCUUGGAGAAGUCUCUCAGCUAUCCAAAAAGUCUGACCGAGGACCCACAGCCAGGAAGGAAUAUGUUUGUCAGAUCUGUGAAAAGCCUGGGGAACUCCUGUUUUGUGAAGGACGGUGUCUUGGGGCUUUCCAUGCCAGCUGCAGUGGCCUGUCUGGAAGACCCAAAGGACACUUUAUUUGUGGUGAAUGUACUUCAGGUAUUCAUACGUGUUUUGUGUGUAAGGAGAAAAAAUCAGAAGUUAAACGCUGCAUCGUAUCCCACUGUGGAAAAUUUUAUCAUGAAGCUUGUGUGAAAAAAUUUCCCCUCACAGUUUUUGAAAAUAGGGGUUUUCGGUGCCCUCUCCACAGUUGUGAGAGUUGUCAUGUUGCUAAUCCCUCAAAUGCCAAAGUAUCUAAAGGCAAAAUGAUACGAUGUAUUCGCUGUCCGGUGGCUUACCAUGCUGGUGACAACUGUGUGGCUGCCGGAUGCGCCAUGAUUUCUUCCAGCAGUAUUGUUUGUACCAACCACUUUACUGCCACGAAAGGAAAAAGCCAUCAUGCUCACGUUAAUGUUAGCUGGUGUUUUGUGUGCUCAAAAGGGGGAAGCCUUUUAUGUUGUGAGUCUUGUCCUGCUGCGUUUCAUCCGGAUUGUUUAAACAUUGAAAUGCCAGAUGGAAGCUGGUAUUGCAAUGACUGCAAGGCAGGGAAGAAGAUUCAUUUUCAAGAUAUUAUUUGGGUCAAACUGGGAAAUUACAGGUGGUGGCCUGCAGAAGUCUGCCAUCCCAAAAAUGUUCCCCCAAAUAUCCAGAAAAUGAAACAUGAGAUUGGAGAAUUUCCUGUGUUUUUCUUUGGCUCUAAAGAUUAUUACUGGACACAUCAAGCUCGUGUAUUUCCAUAUAUGGAAGGAGACCGAGGAAGUCGAUACCAAGGAAUUAAAGGAAUUGGAAAGGUCUUCAAAAAUGCUUUGCAAGACGCUGAAACACGCUUUCGAGAAAUAAAAUUUCAACGUGAAGCCAAAGAAACUCAAGAAAAUGAACGCAAACCUCCCCCUUACAAACAUAUCAAGGUAAAUAAGCCAUUUGGAAAGGUUCAGAUCUACACUGCGGAUAUUUCUGAGAUUCCCAAAUGCAACUGUAAACCUUCUGACGAAAACCCCUGUGGUUUUGAUUCCGAAUGUCUAAACCGGAUGUUAAUGUAUGAAUGCCACCCACAAGUGUGUCCAGCUGGAGAGCGCUGCCAGAACCAAUGCUUUACCAAGCGCCAGUACCCCGAGACGAAGAUAAUCAGGACUGAGGGCAAAGGCUGGGGCUUAGUCGCCAAGAGGGACAUUAAAAAGGGUGAGUUCGUGAAUGAGUAUGUUGGUGAGGUAAUUGAUGAAGGAGAAUGUAUGGCAAGAAUCAAAUAUGCUCAUGAAAAUGACAUCACACACUUUUACAUGCUUACGAUUGAUAAGGACCGCAUAAUUGAUGCUGGACCAAAAGGGAACUAUUCUCGCUUUAUGAAUCACAGCUGCCAACCAAACUGUGAGACCCUGAAAUGGACGGUACAUGGCGACACCCGCGUAGGAUUGUUUGCAGUGUGUGACAUUCCUGCAGGAACAGAACUAACCUUUAAUUACAAUCUUGAUUGUCUGGGCAAUGAAAAAACAGUGUGUAAAUGUGGUGCUCCAAACUGUAGUGGCUUUCUGGGAGACAGACCAAAGAAUUCAUCCUCUAACACCUCAGAGGAGAAAGGAAAGAAGACCAAAAGAAGGGCAAGGAGACGUAAAACUAAGAAUGAAGCAAGGAAAAAAACAGAAGAUUACUGUUUUCGCUGUGGGGACGGUGGCCAGCUUGUCCUGUGUGACAGGAAAUCUUGCACCAAGGCUUAUCAUCUCUCUUGUCUUGAUUUGGUAAAACGUCCUUUUGGAAAAUGGGAAUGUCCUUGGCAUCACUGUGAUGUUUGUGGUAAACCCUCUGUUUCCUUCUGCCAUUUCUGUCCCAAUUCUUUUUGCAAGGACCAUCAAGAUGAGGUGGUGCUUGAAUGUAACUUCAAUGGACAGUUGUUUUGCUCCGACCACAUUGGGGAGAACUUCACUGAGAAGAAAGUGAAAAGGCCUCCUAGAAAACUGAUUUCAGUGAAAUGUAAAAGACAAAGGAACAAAUGGAAGAGGACAUAAUAUUAAGAAGAACAAACUUCCAGUCCCGCUGCCAAGGUUGUCUUGUAAAUAAGUUGUGAAUAGGGUCAGGGAAGGACACACCUUUACAUGUCUUGUGCAAGAACUGGGUUUGGGGGCAAAUGAUUUUUAAUCCACUGAGCCAACCUGCAGCAGGGUUCUGCUGCAUCUGCACUGAUCAUGAACUGUGGCAUGCCAAGUUCAGACAUUUCAGGACAAACUAAGUUUUCUCUCCAGGAAUAAUGAGAAUACUUGAACUGUUAGGAGUGAAACAGUUCUUCCCCGGUACUUCCUAAUCGGAGGUGUGUUGAUUUUCAACCGAUUACAGUGUAUAUGUACACUCAUAGCUUUUGAAAUAGUAGUCACCAUUCCACAAAUGUUUAAAUAGAGGGUAAGAGAGACCAUGAUUAGCUUUUGAAGCCAAAUGUUGUGAGGAGGUCCGCUUGACAUGAUUGCAUUAAAUAAGGGGGGGGGGAUAUCGUACCAUUGCGAGGCACAGUGGUGCCACUUGGUCUCUUUCAUACAGUAAAUGUCUGUUUUGCUUUUGAUUUUUUUUUAUUGUAAUAACAUUCUAUCAAGUAAGACGCUGAAGAAAAGGAAGCAGCACACCUCUCGAAUCCGUGGCAGGCUCUGGAAGAAGAGUCCUCCAGUCAACUGCCUCGGCCAACUGUUUAGUUUCAAAUAAGCGAAACAAUACAUUACCAGUGUCCACAUUUAAAUGGAUAUUAAAAUCUGUGCCCAAUUUUUAGAUCGUAUUUGCAUAAUAAAAGUAUUUCAAAAUCAAA